CAUCAUUUCACCCAAUCUUUUAUUCGGACAAUCGCUAUAGUUACAUUUAUUCAUUAGUCUUAGAACGUCAAAACCGUACCAAAAUGGUCCUCCUCCGAUCACUGGUCGCGCCAUCUGCGGUCCUUCUCGGGGUCCCGAGCCUGGCCGCCGCGGGAGCCACGGAGCUGCAAAGCGUAUUAAGGAACACGCAUGGGAGCAAUGAUUAUGGCUACCCGACGGACUUUACCAGGGGAAUUAUGCCGAUUCCAGUUCAUUCACACAAUGACUAUUGGAGAGACAUACCUUUCUAUACUGCCCUUUCAAAAGGAUGUAUCUCUACUGAAGCGGAUGUAUGGCUGUACAAUAGCACUCUUUAUGUUGGACACGACGAAUCCUCCUUGACUGAGGAUCGAACGUUAGAAGCCUUGUACAUCAACCCCAUUUUAGACGUCCUGAAACGCCAGAACCCCACGAGUCGAUUCGUGACAUCCCCUACGAACAAUGGCGUCUUUGAUACCGCCACCUCCCAAACACUCUACUUCUUCAUCGACGUCAAAACCUCCGGCCCAGAAACCUUCCAAGCCGUGAUUGAGGCCCUCCAACCCCUCCGCGAAAAAGGCUACCUCACCACCCUAAGGAACAACGAUACCGUUAUCCCCGCACCCAUCACCGUCAUCGGAACCGGUAAUACGCCUCUGGAUAUGGUAGGCCCCGUGGCAGACAGGGACUACUUCUGGGAUGCGCCGCUCCAUGCCCUCCAGGAGAGUAAGUAUGCCGAUAUCGAUGGAUUGAUUUCGCCUAUUGCGUCGACGAACUUCGAGGCAGUGGUAGGGCCGCUUCGAGGGGAGAUGAGUGAGGACCAGCGAGGGUUCCUGAGGGAGCAGAUUCAGGUGGCUGGGGAGAGGGGCAUUGGGGCGAGGUACUGGGGGACGCCGUACUGGCCGAUUCGGGUCCGGGAUUCGGUGUGGCGGGUGUUGGUGGAGGAGGAGGUGUUGUUGUUGAAUGCGGAUGAUUUGGAUGCGGUGGGGAGGGUCUUCUGAAAGCGUUUAUGCAGCUGAGUGUCGGACUGUCCAGGAUUAUUGAUACUUUCUACGGAAGGAAAGUUUGGAGUUUUUUUUCUAAGGCCGGUCGUCGCUUCGGGUCACUAAUGACCGCAAUUGCACUGAUCAGUUCUUGAUAAUAAAAUGCCGAGACCAAG